AUGUGGGACAGAUCGGAGGAAACAUUGGAGGUUAGGCGCACAGACCGAAAGACGCACUGGGGGCAAGGCACAGACCGAAAGACGCACUGGGGGCAAGGCACAGACCGAAAGAAGCACUUGGGGCAAGGCACAGACCGAAAGACGCACUUGGGGCAAGGCGCAGAUCGGAUGACGCCCUACAGAUCAGAGGAUGCACUGGAGGUUAGACCACAGACUGGAGGACGCAUUGGGAGCAAGGCACAGACAGCAGGACGCACUGGGGGCAAGGCACAGACCGGAACACGCACUGGGGGCAAGGCACAGAUAAGAGGACGCACUGGGGGCAAGGCACAGGCCGGAGGACGAACUGGGGGCAAGGCACAGAUAAGAGGACGCAUUGGGGGCAAGGCACAGGCCGGAACACACACUUGGGGCAAGGCACAGGCCGGAGGACGCAUUGGGGGCAAGGCAGAGACAGCAGGACGCACUGGGGGCAAAGCACAGACCGGGGGACGCAUUGGGGGCAAGACACAGGCCGGAGGACGAACUGGGGGCAAGGCACAGACUGGAGGACGCAUUGGGGGCAAGGCACAGACCGGAGGACGCAUUGGGGGCAAGACACAGGCCGGAGGACGAACUGGGGGCAAGGCACAGAUAAGAGGACGCAUUGGGGGCAAGGCACAGGCCGGAACACGCACUUGGGGCAAGGCACAGACCGGAGGACGCAUUGGGGGCAAGGCACAGACUGGAGGACGCAUUGGGGGCAAGGCACAGGCCGGAGGACGAACUGGGGGCAAGGCACAGAUAAGAGGACGCAUUGGGGGCAAGGCAGAGACAGCAGGACGCACUGGGGGCAAAGCACAGACCGGGGGACGCAUUGGGGGCAAGACACAGGCCGGAGGACGAACUGGGGGCAAGGCACAGACUGGAGGACGCAUUGGGGGCAAGGCACAGACCGGAGGACGCAUUGGGGGCAAGACACAGGCCGGAGGACGAACUGGGGGCAAGGCACAGAUAAGAGGACGCAUUGGGGGCAAGGCACAGGCCGGAACACGCACUUGGGGCAAGGCACAGGCCGGAACACGCACUUGGGGCAAGGCACAGGCCGGAGGACGAACUGGGGGCAAGGGACAGAUAAGAGGACGCAUUGGGGGCAAGGGACAGACCGCAGGACGCACUGGGGGCAAGGCAUAG